GAAGAGUAGGAGGAGGUGAGCGAUCAGCUGGGGGUCCUCGAAGUGAGAGGGGAGCAGAAGACCCUCCUGUGCAGGCGGUGGGUGUCACUCACAUCCUAGCUGGUGAAGUCUCACUGCAGAGAUGUAUCUGCUCCCAGCCCUGGCAGGGGUCCUGGCCACACUCGUCCUUGCCCAGCCCUGUGAGGGCACUGACCCAGCCUCCCCUGGGGCAGUGGAGACCUCGGUCCUCCGGGACUGCAUAGCAGAGGCCAAGCUGCUGGUGGAUGCUGCCUACAAUUGGACCCAGGACAGCAUCAAACAGCGGCUUCGCAGCGGCUCAGCCAGCCCCAUGGACCUCCUGUCCUACUUCAAGCAACCGGUGGCAGCCACCAGGAGAGUUGUUCAGGCUGCAGAUUACAUGCAUGUGGCCUUGGGGCUGCUGGAAGAGAAGUUACAACCCCAGCAGUCUGGACCCUUCAAUGUCACUGAUGUGCUAACAGAACUGCAGCUGCGGCUGCUGUCCCAGGCCAGUGGCUGUGCUCUCCAGGACCAGCCGGAGCGCUGCGGCCGCAAGUACCGCACCAUCACCGGGCGGUGCAACAACAGGAGGAGACCCUGGCUAGGGGCCUCCAACCAGCCUCUGGCUCGCUGGCUGCCCGCCGAAUAUGAGGACGGGCGGUCGCUCCCCUUCGGCUGGACCCCCGGCAGGAGGCGCAAUGGCUUCCUCCUCCCUCUUGUCCGAGCUGUCUCCAACCAGAUUGUGCGCUUCCCCAGUGAGAGACUGGCCUCGGACCACGGCCGGGCCCUCAUGUUCAUGCAGUGGGGCCAGUUCAUUGACCAUGACCUAGAUUUCGCCCCGGAGUCCCCAGCCAGAGUGGCCUUCACUGCAGAGGUUGACUGUGAGAAGACCUGCGCCCAGGUGCCCCCCUGCUUUCCCAUCAAGAUACCACCCAAUGACCCCCGCAUCAAGAACCAGCGUGACUGCAUCCCCUUCUUCCGCUCGGCACCCUCAUGCCCCCAAAACAAGAACCAAGUCCGCAACCAGAUCAACGCGCUCACCUCCUUCGUGGACGCCAGCAUGGUGUACGGCAGCGAGGUCUCCCUCGCGCUGCGGCUCCGCAACAAGACCAACUACCUGGGGCUGCUGGCCGUCAACCAGCGCUUCCAAGACAGCGGCCGGGCCCUGCUGCCCUUCGACAACCUUCACGACGACCCCUGUCUCCUCACCAACCGCUCGGCGCGCAUCCCCUGCUUCCUGGCAGGUGACACCCGAUCAACGGAAACCCCCAAACUGGCCGCCAUGCACACCCUCUUUAUGCGAGAGCACAACCGCCUGGCCACCGAGCUGAGACGCCUGAAUCCCCGGUGGAGUGGAGACAAGCUAUACAAUGAGGCUCGGAAGAUCGUGGGGGCCAUGGUCCAGAUCAUCACCUACCGAGACUUUCUACCCCUGGUUCUGGGCAAGGCCCGGGCCAGGAGAACCCUGGGGCCCUACAGGGGGUACUCCUCCCAAGUGGACCCACGUGUGGCCAAUGUCUUCACCCUGGCCUUCCGCUUUGGCCACACCAUGCUCCAGCCCUUCAUGUUCCGCUUGGACAGUCAGUACCGGGCCUCUGCACCCAACUCACACAUCCCGCUUAGCUCCGCCUUCUUUGCCAGCUGGCGGAUCGUGCACGAAGGUGGCAUCGACCCCAUCCUCCGGGGCCUCAUGGCCACCCCUGCCAAGCUGAACCGUCAGGAUGCCAUGUUAGUGGAUGAGCUCCGGGACCGGCUAUUUCGGCAAGUGAGGAGGAUCGGGCUGGACCUGGCGGCUCUCAACAUGCAGCGAAGCCGGGACCACGGCCUUCCAGGGUACAAUGCUUGGAGGAGCUUUUGUGGGCUCUCCCAGCCCCAGAAUCUGGCACAGCUUAGCCAGGUGCUGAAAAACCAGGACUUAGCACGGAAGUUCCUGAAUCUGUAUGGGACACCUGACAACAUUGACAUCUGGAUUGGGGCCAUCGCAGAGCCUCUAUUGCCGGGGGCUCGAGUGGGGCCUCUUCUGGCUUGCCUGUUUGAGAACCAGUUCAGAAGAGCCCGAGCCGGAGACAGGUUCUGGUGGCAGAAACGAGGUGUUUUCACCAGAAGACAGCGCAAGGCCCUGGGCCAAAUUUCCUUGUCUCGAAUUAUAUGUGACAAUACUGGUAUCACCAUGGUUUCAAGGGACAUCUUCAGAGCCAACAUCUACCCCCGGGGCUUUGUGAACUGCAGCCGUAUCCCCAGGUUGAACCUGUCAGCCUGGCGAGGGAGAUGAGACUUCUGCAGGAGUCUAUACCAAGCCUCCAACCUUUGGAGACAAGGGGAAGGGGAGGACCAGGAUGCUCCCUUCUCCCGCUGGAGCAACUGCAGCCUGCUGAUGCUUCUGCUGGCUAUAGCUCAGAGCUGGGUUCCCUGGCUAGGAGUGAGAGCUGGGGGCUCCUAUCAGCAACGGACCUUCCUACCUUAGGAGCCUCUUAGAUAUUAGGUUAUGAAUGAGUGCCAUGUGCAAAGGCUUGGGAGCCAAGCCAUGUGAUCUAACAGCCCAGGCAAGAAGAGUCAGCUGGAGGGUUUACAGCACUUUCUACUGUUUCCUAGCCCUCCCUCCCCUUCCUCACCAUGAUUGAGAGACCACACAGUCCCAGCCUCCAGACACCCCACAAUCCUCUUCUGAGCCUGAGGCUGGGCAGCAUGCUCUGCUUCUACCAAUAAAGCACUGCUAAGGGCA